AUGCUUCGGCAGCUCUUUGUUGUUAGGUCAAAGGAGAGGCCUGUAUUCAUACGGUCGUGGGCAGAAGGGUCUGAGAUGGAAAGCCCAGAAGAGGAUGAAGAAAACCCAAUGAAAAACCCAUUUACAGUUCCUCCAGAUAUCGAUAUUUUCUCAAUAAUGGACAAAGAAAGAAAAAUCGCUGAGGCGGAACGUGAAAGGAUGAAGACCAUGAAAAUCCAUCAGAAAAUGACUUACUCCACUAAAAUAAAAGCAAAGCAAAAAGGGGUCUGGAAAGCUCUGCAAAUGGAGGAACAAGAGGCAGCCAGAAAAGCGGCAACAAAUGAAGAAAGACUGAAAACUCUUCAGCAGAGUCUCUCAUGGAAGACAGCCAUUAAGAAAGAUUACCCACUAGAAAAGGAGACCUUCCGCGACUACAUAAAUGACAGAAGAGAGAUAUUUUUACUUGAGUACGCCAUGGCAGUAAAGCGGGAUGAGAUGCAAAGGAUGGAGAACAUAGCAAGGAAGGAGGAAAGAAAACUGGAAAAAGCCGAAUACUGCCUGGAGAAGGAUGCUGCCAUGUUUGAUGAGUUCCUGAAGGAGAACCAUAAAAACUGCGUUCAAGCCCUGAAAAUUGCUGAAAAAGAAACGGCAGCUAAGACAAAGAAAACAACAGAGAUCCAGGCAAUCACUUCCCAAAUAGAGAAUCUCCGAAGUGAGAUAUCCAGAUUCGAGAAUACUCUGAAGGAGUACAAGAUGUACCGGGACUUCCUCUAUCAGCUAUCUCCGAAAGAGUGGCAGGAGAAACACGGGACAAAGCACACCAAGGGAAAGGAUUUGAGAACAGCAUCCAAAGCUAACGAGGCAAACGCCUCGCCUCCCAGCACCGCAGGGCAGGGCCAGGGUCUGAGGGCCAGGACAAGCCCUGCCAGCCCCUUCGGUACCAGUGAUACAGGCGUGCCAAGUUCCCUGCUGUCUUCAAAAAGCUUGGACUUCAGGACGUUGUAUGAGAUCAGGCCACAGCUCAAAAACUUCCUGAAGCCUCUAUCAGCAAGAAGACUGUAA